ACCCUACCUCAUUCCAGCUCAGCCUCGUCAGCUGGAGCCAGCUCGGAGCGCGUGCUGCUCAGCGGGUCACGGUGCUGGUCUUCCCCGUCGUCGCCCGCCCCCCUGUCCGUCGGUCGUCGCCGACCUGGAAGAAGAACCCCGGCCCCCCUCUCCCCCCGCUGUAGCACCCGACUGGGCGCCCCCUCACGUCGAUCGGGAGGCCAGGACCCCGCGAGUGGAAACUUACGGAGAAGAAGGUUUCUGACCGGAAGUGAUCGCGAAAAAGGAACGCCAGUGACCGUGCAGCGAGUGUGUGAGGGAGUGUGUUGUGCAGUGUGUCGCGGGUUCGUCGUCGCCGGGAUGUCGUCGCCAGCGCCGCCCCCGGCCCUGCCCAGGAUACGGCGCUGCCGCCCUCACUGAUGACCCCCACCAACGCGAGGAGCUGAUAAUGCUGGUGCUGCUGGUGCUCGCGGCCCUCCUGACGCGCGCCCGCUGCCCGCCGCCCACCGCCCCCGUGUCCGCCCCCGUGCCCGCGCUCGCCGCCCCCAGCCAUGGCGCGGAGGAGACGCAGUGGGUUUGUCCGCAGAUCGGAGUGGAGUGGGAGCCGGAGGAAGAGGAGGAGGAAGGCGGCUGGCGGCGUGCCGGGGACGGCGGGGACGACGCGGACGUGAAGCAGCGCCCCGUUACCUGCUCGUGCGACCUGCCGCACACGCUGCGCUGCACCGGUGGCCUCCACACCUUGCAGGUGGUGGGGACGGCGCUGCGUGCGCUGCCGCCGCGCUACGUGUCGCUGCUGGACGUGAGCCUGUCCGGGGUGUCCGCCCUGGGCUCCCUGCUCCCCGGCGUGGCCCUGCACGGGCUCGUCGUCUCGGGCGAGCUCAAGAGCGUCGAGCCGGACGCCUUCACGAGCCUGCUGCUGGAGGCCGGUGAGCCGAGGCUGCAGGCCCUGGGGCUGCCCAGCAACCUCCUCGAGGCCGUGCCCGCGUCUGCGCUGUCCGCCCUGCCGGACCUGGACCGCCUGGACCUGUCGCACAACCGCCUGCGGUCUUUGCCGACCGACGCAUUUCCGGGACUGAGCAACCUGACGUUCCUGGACCUGAGCGACAACCUGCUCACGGACAUCUCGGCGGGCGCGUUCCGGUCGCUGUCGUCGCUGCAGACGCUGCGCCUGACGGGCAACCGGCUGCGCGUGGCGCCGCUGUCGCUGUCGCUGCUGGACGGGCUGGAGGGGCUGCGGGGGCUGCGCGAGCUCGACCUGUCCAGCAACCAGCUGGCGGGCCCGCUGGGGCCGGGCGCCCUGCCGCGGCUUCCCAACUUGCGCGUGCUCAACCUGGCGCACAACCAGGUGAGCUCUGUGCGGCGCGGCGCGCUGGCAGGCCUGCCGCAGCUCUCGUCGCUCGCGCUGCCGCACAACAUGGUGGACGUGCUCGAGGACCACGCCUUCCGCCAGCUCGGCUCGCUCGCCUCGCUCGACCUGGCGCACAACCGCAUCGUGGCCGUGGGCGGCGCCUCGCUCGCGCACCUGCAGCGCCUGCGCUCGCUCGCGCUGCAGCACAACUUCCUGCGCGUGCUCACGGCCGACCUGCUGCGCCCGCUCGCCGCGCUCCAGGAGCUGCACCUGGACGACAACGACAUCUCGCAGGUGGCCGACGACGCCCUGGAGGCGCUCGAGGCCGCGGCGCCCCGGCUCACCCGCCUCACGCUCGCGGAGAACCCCCUCAACUGCGACUGCGCGCUCGGACCAUUCGCUCGGUGGUUACGGCGGAACGCGACGCGGGUCCCGUCCGCGGACAGGGCCUCGGCGGUGUGCGCGGCUCCGCCGCACCUGGAGAACGGCCUGGUGGAGGACGUGGCCGAGGGCCUGUGCCAGGACGACGCCGGCGCGGCCGAGGCCGUGGCCGAGGAGGACGCGGCGCUGCGGCCCGGCCCCGGGCCCCAGCACCACCACGCCGACGCGCGGGUGCAGCUGCGCGGCUUCCAGUUCGACGGCGCGCGCGCCGCCAUGCUCUGGGCCGUGAACGUGUCGGCCGCGCCGUACGUCUGCGACACGCUGCUCGUGUACGAGGAGGAGGAGGGCGGGCGCGAGGUGCCCCGCGACAGCACGCCGCUCGGCUGCGACUCGUCGCAGCUGGACGACCCGCACCAGCUGCUCGUGUCGCUGCCCGCGGCACCGCACCUGCAGCCCGCGCGCCGCUACCGCUACUGCCUCGUGCUGCUCGUGGGCGGCGGCUCGCACGACGACCUGGCCAUCGUGGUGGGCUGCUCCGACGUGCUGCCGCUGGUGAAGACUGCCUCCGCCGCGGUCGCGGUCGCCGAGGCCGAGACCGUGGCUAUCGCGCCGACGUCCAGCGUCUCGGUCAGCGCCCCAUCGGUGGCGUCGGCGGCUGCAGCAGUUGCGGCGGUGGCGUCGCCGAGGAUCUCUGGCCUCUCCGCCAACGUGACCGCGACGGGCGCGCUGGCCGUGUGGGUGCAGUUGUCCCCGGCUACGGCGGCCGCCUCCUGCCGCCUCAGCGUGUCCGUGUUCGCCGGCGGCAUCCUGGCCGCGCAGGAGCUGCUAAACUGCUCUCUGCCCGGGACCGUGCUGCGGGGGCUGGGCCCCGGCGCUGGGCCGCUGCAGGUGUGCGCCGCGGCGGGCGAGGCCGCGAGCCGAAUGCGCUGCACCUCCGUGUCGUGGCCGCAGCGCUCGUCCUCGGCGGCGGCCUCCUCGGGCGCCAUCACCGCGAGCCUCAUGGCGGCCCUGACGGGGUCGGCGCUGCUCGGCGGCUCGGUGGCCGCCCUCCUGCUCUUCCUGUGGGCGUCCUCGCGCUGGCGGCGGCGCGGGGGGCGGGUCCGGGGGCGGCGAGGGGGAGGCCUCGGCCUGGACCAGGACACGGGGCAGCUGUAUCGCCCCGCGCCCGCCCCCGAGUACGAGCAGCACGCCAGGUACGUCAAGCUGCAGGCCACCACCAAGCUGUGACGCGCCCGGGGGCGUGCGUCGUGUCGUGUCUAGUCAAAGAAAAACGUAAGAAUCGCUGGAUGUAAGAGAAUCAAUUGUGAUUUUGCCAAUCUAGUUUAACCCGUUCGUUUCAAGUUCUAAAGCUCCUCUGUAACUCAGUAGGCAUUCUGUGGGAAACUAGUCCAAUUCUCUGUAGUAUUAAUUAGAGUGGGUAGUUGUUUUCAAUUCUGUAGAUUAUUUAUUUGAAAGAUGAAGUUCUUAACGCCAAUUUUUAAAAUGAAAUGUGUUGUGUCGAUUUGAAAUCCAAAGAAAACUGAGUAUUCAGUGUCAAAUAGUUAUAAUUUUAAAUUGUUCAUUAAGUCAUCUGAAAAAAUUCCAAUUUUCGUUUUUAAAGAGAAUGAUGAGGAAUUGUGAUGUUCGUUUUUGUACUUUUGUAAUUUUUUAAAAAUCUGUAUAUAUGUAAAUGAGUGAAUAUGGAGACCAGACAUACUGACAUCGCGAACGAAGGUAAAGUCUACGGAAAUAGUGAAGGUCGGCUAAGCUUGCUGAAAGUUUGUACUACUGUAUGUGCUUAGGAGCAGGACAACAAAUUUGUGCCAUUUUUACAUCUUUCAUCUAGAUGCUUGUAUUUCAUCCCAUGUUGUAGUUUUAAUUCUCAUCUGACCCUUUGUAUAUUAUUGAAUGUAAGCGGUGAAUAAUAAAUGAUAAAUAAUAA